CGUCGCCUCCUCCUCCCAGCACCAUUCGCCCACCGUUAAAAAAAACAAACAGGUCCACUCUCCUGCGCCGGCAUCGCAGCCCCCUCUCCGCCGGCGACUGCGCCGGCUACCCCCGCCAGCGACCACUGACUCCUGGGAAACCCAGAUCCGCUCAAAGGCACUCACUCUCCUCCACCGCAUCGACCCGCCGGAAGAAACGAGUGCGGCCGGCGACCUGAGCCUCCUCGCCCCGGCAGCGGCGAGCCUUCUUUCCCCCUCCCCCGAUUCGAAUGAGCUGAGGAGACUCCAAUACUCUGAUAAUGGAUGCUUCCGAGGAGAUUUCCCAGCGGCUACGUCCGGAGAAGAAACCGUGUGCGGAUGGCGAGUCGCAGCAGCAUUCGCCGCCGGCAUCCAUGGUGCCGGUAUCCAAGGUGCUCGACGACGACAACCUCCUCAUUGAGAUCCUCCUCCGCGUCAGCUUCCCCACCACGCUUGUAUGCGCCGCACUCGUCUGCAAGCGCUGGCUCUGCCAUGCCUCUGACCCUAAGUUCCUCAGCCUUUUCCGCAAGCGCCACCCGCCUCGCCUCCUUGGCUUCUACAUAUAUAUGGGGUCGGCCUGGUUAUGGUUGGGCGCCCCCCUGCUCUUCGUCCCGAUGCAGCCCCAGCCCCCAGAGCUCGCCCCCUUCAUCUCCCGUGUCGCGAGCCAUAGCUUCGGUGCCGACAAUGACAGAUUAUGCAUCAUGGAUUGCCGGAAUGGCAGCGUCUUAAUCAGAUGCCGCAGAGGAAAAAUAUUGACACAUGGAGUGCACCGCCCACUAUGCGCUCAGAGAGGCAUGGAUGACAUCCCGCCACUCCCAAGAGCCCAGUACCAUGGUCAACAAAUUUUCAAUACAAUCCUCUCCAAAGAAGAAGGUGGUAUCUUGUCCUACCUGUAUAUGUUGGCCGAGUUUUUCAGGAAGACAAAAAGUUUCAGGGUGCGUGUGUAUACGUUGCAAGGGGGCCUCUGGUGCAUGCAUGCCUCGGCCACGACUCAGCUCCCCCGACUGCUGACAUCAUUGGAAGUUGUGCUCAUUGACGAUAAAAUCUAUAUGGCUGACACCUUCAGUGAUGAAAUUAUUGUCUUGGAUAUGACAACCUCGGGUUUCUCCACAAUUCGGCUCCCACAAGGAGUGAUUUUUCACUGCGUUCGCACCAUCAUGUCACGCGCCGGUGAUGCUUCUGCUGUAUAUCUCACCCAUAUCCAUGUCAAGGAGCUACAACUUUGCAUCUGGCUCCACAAAGGGGACAACUGGUUGUUGGUUGAUACAAUUUGUUUGCAUCAGAUGUGGGAUAAUUUGAGGAUGCUAGAUCAGACCCUUGAGGAUGGGCAUAUUAGUUUUACUUGUAUAAGCAAUGUGGGGGAUAAUGCUGAAUUUGUGUUCUUGGAAAUGUGUGGCUGCAUUUUCUAUCUGGAUGUCAACAGCAAGACACUGCGGAAAGUGCAUCGGGUGACAGUAAAGGACCGACAGUUCAAUGAUGUCUAUCCUUUUAUGAUGAUUUGGCCGCCCAUAUUCCCUGUGCCCAAGGAUGAUCCUGCAAGAAAUGCCAUGUGAAGGAGGAUGAUAUCAGGAAGUUUUUGGAUGGUCAGCGACAAGGGUGAGCAGAGAGCUGCAUUUCCUUGGCUGCAGUUCUUACCAUCUUCACUGUAACUCAUAGUGUAUUAGUUGAGGUGAUGUAUAACUGGAGCAGGUAGUCCUAUCCCUAUGGUACCAUGCCUACUUGUGACCAACAUAUUUGGUUUUGUAAUGUAAACUCCCUGUAUGCAUGUUAAUUAGUAGUUAUGUUUUCUGAUCCGCUUGGGUCAUUCGGUCCGCUGCUUGCUCUUUUUGUUAGUUGUGGUGUUUGUAGCUCUAAUUUACCAGGCAAAAUAAAACAAAAAACAUCUCUUUGAGGCCAGUCUGUCUACUUUACAUGGACGGCCAUGGUGCUGGCUUCAUCAUUUUCACUGCAAUAUCAGUGGCUAGAUGGAUCAUAGGUGUCCUGCUGAAGCUGAAACAAAUGUACAGAUCUAGUGCAUAGCAUGUUCCAGUGAUCCGUUGUGUGUGUCAUUUUAGUGAGUGUUUUGGUAUGUCAAUUCUUUUGUCUAGCAUUAAGAUCAUUGAUGCUGAUACUGCUGCAGUAGAAAAUUUGUCAUGAUUCCAUAUUAUUUUAUCAUUCCAUGCGGAUACAGUGGUAACAUAACUGGGGUCACUAACAGUUCUACAUUGGCGCCGGCAAUUGGCUGGUAUUAUUAAUUGAGCAAAUUUGAGUGGGACUACACUCUGGAUAAGGUCAAUUAAGGAUGAUCUACUCUUUGUAAAUGACUUUGAGCUUGCCUCUGGCUCCGCCUCUCUGAUUAAGCAGCUUGGAACAGAAAAUGCCAUGUAAAGAACAAGGACACGAGGAAGUUCCUAGUGAGCCCAUAUUUCCUCUGUAGCUGGUAGCAGAAACUGUAUUGUAUUAGAGUUGAGAACCAACAUUAUCUGCACAUAAUGUGCUUCCUAGGAUUGUAUCCUACCAGUUACUAAUUCGUGAUUUAUCUAAGGUUUCUAUGUUUUGUAUAUCA